UUGGCGCGGGCAACAUCGCGAGAGGAGAAAGAGGCCCAAACGGGACUUGGCUUCUGGGGCUGGGGAGUGCUCUGGCCCUGCAGCCGCGGGGCCCUUGGCCGGGCCGCUGAGCAGUUAGUUACCUGGUCUGGGGGGAGGGAACCCACCUGGGCUUUAGCGGCUGAGGGCCUGGGAGGUGUCAAGAUGACGGGCCGCGUGUGCCGGAACUGUGGCGGCACGGACAUCGAGCUAGACCCGGGCCGCGGCGAUGCGGUCUGCACGGGCUGCGGCUCGGUGCUGGAGGACAACAUCAUCGUGUCCGAGGUGCAGUUUGUGGAGAACAGUGGUGGCGGCUCCUCCGCUGUGGGGCAGUUCGUCUCCCUAGACGGUGCAGGCAAAAUUCCAUCAGUAGGAGGAGGCUUCCAUGUGAACUUGGGAAAAGAAUCCAGAGCUCAGACUCUUCAGAAUGGCAAGCGUCAGAUUCAUCACUUGGGAAAUCAAUUACAACUAAAUCAACAUUGCCUUGAUACAGCAUUUAACUUCUUCAAGAUGGCAGUAAGCAAGCAUCUUACACGUGGGAGAAAAAUGGCACAUGUCAUUGCUGCAUGUCUUUACUUGGUUUGCCGCACCGAAGGAACACCUCAUAUGUUACUUGACCUCAGUGACCUUCUACAGGUGAAUGUUUAUGUGCUGGGGAAAACAUUUCUUCUUUUGGCCAGAGAACUCUGCAUCAAUGCUCCAGCAAUAGAUCCAUGUCUGUACAUUCCUCGCUUUGCACACAUGCUGGAGUUUGGAGAAAAGAACCAUGAGGUGUCCAUGACAGCCUUGAGACUACUUCAGAGGAUGAAGAGAGACUGGAUGCACACAGGGCGCCGGCCCUCAGGCCUCUGUGGAGCAGCACUUCUAGUUGCAGCAAGAAUGCAUGAUUUCCGUCGAACUGUUAAAGAGGUUAUCCGAGUGGUUAAAGUUUGUGAAUCUACAUUAAGGAAGAGGCUAACAGAAUUUGAGGAUACACCUACCAGUCAGCUGACCAUAGAUGAAUUUAUGAAGAUUGAUUUGGAAGGCGAAUGUGACCCACCUUCUUUCACAGCUGGGCAAAGAAAGUUAAAGAUAAAGCAGCUGGAACAGGCCUUAUCAAAAGAACUUGAGGAUGUGGAAGGUGAAAUAUCAAGCUACCAGGAUGAGAUAGAGAUUGAAUUAGAAAAUAGUAGGCCGAAGGUGAAAGGAGCACUUGCACAUUUCACUAAAGAUGAUUCCAUAGAUGAUAAUACUUCCAGCAUAUUUGGAGAAGAGGAGGCAGAAGAUGAAGAACUAGAAGCAGCUGCAAAUCAUUUAAAUAAAGACUUUUAUAAGGAACUUCUUGAUAGAAACAGAUUGAGCAGUGAUGAUGAUCUAAGUUGUGGAAAUGGAACCAUUGACCCAAUUAAACCACCAGCUUUAGAGACUUUACUUGGUCCUCUGCCUACAGCAGCCAGUUUGGGAAUCACUGAAUCCAUCAGAGAAUGCAUCUCACCACAAAGCCAGGAGCCCAAUGAAAAUUCAGGAGAUGGUGAAUUAGAUCUUAAUGGAAUUGAUGACAGUGAAAUCGAUAGGUACAUUCUCAAUGAAAAUGAAGCACAAAUCAAAGCUGAACUGUGGAUGAAAGAACAUGCUGACUAUGUAAAAGAACAAAAGGAAAAAGAAGCAAGGAUAGCAAAAGAGAAGGAACUUGGCAUUUAUAAGGAACACAAGCCAAAGAAGUCUUCUAAAAAACGGGAGCCAAUUCAGGCCAGCACUGCAGGAGAAGCCAUUGAAAAGAUGUUGGAACAAAAGAAAAUCUCAAGUAAAAUUAAUUACAAUGUACUAAGGGACUUGAACAGCAAAGGAAGUAUGACCCCUAAGAGGGAAAAUGAGCAGCCUAAUGAUAGCAGCAGUACCAAGAAGUUGGCACGCAGGAAAUGUCCUGCAAAUAGAAGUCUAGCAGACCCUCUGAGCAGCAGCAUGGGAAAAAGAUUGAGACCAUUAGUUUCUACACAACCAGCUAAAAAGGCUUCAACAAGAGAGGUAUCCCUUCUUAAUUCACAGACACAGGCUACAGACCUGGUAAAACCUCCAAAUAUUGUGGUUGAAAGUGGGCCAGUACUAUAUAAUCAUGAAGAUGAUGUUGAAGACGAAGAGAUAGAAGAAGAGGAGGAUCAUUGCAUGAGUGCUCUUCAAUUAAUGGGAGGAAAUGAUUAUGGCUGUGACUUGGAUGAUGAUGAUGGCUACUAGACUAAAGCUUCUAAAGGACUUGUAACCACAUCUUGAUAUUGGACAUAUCUUCCAAUCGUGCAAAUGGUGAAAGGAGUUUCUGGAUUACCCCCAUGUUCAUGAGCAGUCUAGACUUUUUAAAAAAUAAUUUUAGUUGCAUUUUGUGUUUAAUCAGUUUAUAUUGACCCAUCAUUCAGAGAAAAAGUUUGGGCCUUGUCAUACUUUAAUUUUUGGAUCAUGUUUUGAGAAAUGUAAGGAAUAUUUCUACUCAGCAAGCAAAAAAUAGUCUGUCGCAAUGGGGGGUAAAAGCUUGGGUCUUGCCUUCUUCCUGGCUCCACUUUUGGUAUCCCAGGUGCUGCUGCUGCCACUGUCAAAUCCACUAAAAGAGAUUAUACCCAGAAUGUCCAAAAUGUAAAACAUUUAUCCAGAUGUUUGGACUUAACAAGAAUACAAUCUCUUGUAGCUGAAAAUAAAACUGUGUCCAUCAACACUCCUCUCUAUCCAAAUAGAAAAUUCGCUCAGAGAAACAAUGACACCCAGACAACAAAGAAAGCUUCUUUUCUGAGGAUAUUCCUAACAUAGGAUUUUGGGAUUUAGUCCUGAAAAGAACCUUAGAAAAUCAUCCAGGCCAACCCCCUUAUUUUGAAUAUGAAGAAACUGAGACCCAAAGAAGGGAAAGGGAUUUGUCUAUGGUCAUACAAAUAGGUGUGUAGUAGAGAUGAUAUUCAUACCCUCGUGUUCUGAUCCUUAGACCAUGUUUCUUCUUCUGCUCUUAAGGGACAUUUCCACUGAUACAUCAGAAACUCCCUACUACCAGAUACCUAAGUUCAAAAGCUUGAAGUCAUCCUUGUUUCUUCUACCUCAAUCAAUCACCACAUCUUAUCAGUUCCAUCUUUACAACAUAUGUUGAAGCCAUCUCUACCUUCUUUCUCAUAGCCUCUAUCCUUAUUCAGGCCUUUGUCACUUCUCACAUGAUCUAUUGCUUAAAGAUACAUAAAUAAAAUAUUUAUUAAGCACUUACAAUGUGCCAGGUGCCAUGCUAAGCACUGAAAAUACAAAUACAAGCAAAAAAAAAAAAUAGUCCCUACCCUCAAAGAACUUACAUUUUGAUGGGGGAAGACAACCCAUAAAAGAACUAAAAACUUGGGGGAGGCUAUAGGGUAGAGAGGUGGAAUGGUACCCCACAAGGAGACUUGAUGGUAAAGUCUAGAGCAUCAGAAGCAGAACUGGAAGAGGAGUGAAGGAUGGCAAGCCUGAGCCCAUUGUCAAAAUGGAGGUUCCUGGAGGAACUUACCAAUGGGAGCAGAGUACCGCAGGAAAAGAGGUGAGAGGACCACAGGGUAUGAGGAGGCAACUGAAGCGUGGCAGUAAAUGGUGAGCUUUUUCAAUUGAGAGCCUCACUGAAAUGAUAAGGAUCAAAAAGGAGGCCUUAGAACCAUGAUCUCAUGAGUCGCUUAUCUUGAAUGAAGAGUGGAUACAAGAAGCAAGGAAGGUAAUCACCUUUGUACUUUGCCAUGACUACAAUUUCAUUCACUCAUUCAUUCAAUAAACAUUAAAGACCUCUGUGCCAGGCACUGUCCUAUGCUCUGGGGAUACAAUGUCCUCACCCUUAAGAAACAUUCUGAGAGGGGGAAAAGGGGUGGAGUAGAGAACAACACAUGCACAGUUAAGUAAAAAUAAAAUGUUUUGCCAGAGAGGAUACCACCAGCUAGGGGAAUUAAGAUAGUUUUAACUCUAGCAAAUGGCACUCGGACUAAACCGAACCUUGAACAAAACCAGGGGUUCUAAAAGCAGAAGUGACCAGGGAGUGCAUUUCCAGAUACGAGACCCAGAUUGUGCAGAGGUGGAGAAUAGCAAGUAGGGUGUUCUGGGCGGGCCUGGAAAAGUAAACUAGUUCUCUAGAGGAGUUUGUAUUUUAUCCUAGAAGUAUGAGGGAGCCCCUGGUACUUCUGGAGCAGGCAGUGACAUGGGCAGCCCUGUGCCUUAGGAAGAACAAUUUGGCAGCUGUGUGGAAGAUUGGAGAGAGGAAAAACUGAGUGGAGAGACCAAUCAGGAAAUUCUUAUGAUAGUUCAAGGAAGUGUUCACUAG